UGGUGUUAUGGUUGUGUUACACUUUUUCAAACAUAAAUCGCUAAUUAAAACAUUCAAAAAUGAAAGCUUUAGUGUUAAUAUUCCUGGCUGCGGCAAUAAUACGGUGUUGGAUCAUCACAUCGAGUUACAAAGAACAGAUUUCGUUAAGAAUUGAAGUAUCGACGCCGGUAAAUUCGAUUCAUAGAGUGAUUGAAAGCUGUUAUAGAGCCGACUUAGGAGUUGAUCCUUACUCCAGCGAUAUAUUUCACGAAUCACCUUUACAUUUAGUUUUCUAUCAGUUCUUAAUUACUAAUUUCGGUGAUUAUCUUCCGUUUGUGUUCAUUUUCGUCGAUUUAUUAAUCGCUCUUCUUCUGUUCAAUAUGGCAAAAAAUUACAUUUUCUUUUUAUAUAUUGAACAAGAAUUAAAAGGUGAUGAAUACAUGUAUACCGAUAAAGAAUUAGUUUUGAAUGGUUAUGAUUACAUUUCAACACCAAAAUAUGUUCUAAUCGCCUAUUUAUUUAAUCCCUAUGUUAUUGCUAAUUGUGUGGGAUGCACCACAGCAACGUUUUUGAAUUUAUCUUACGCGAUAUUUUUGUUUGGAAUUUCUUAUGGUUCAAUUUUAUUUCCUGUUGUCGCUUUGGUUUUGUGUUCAACCCAAGCGUUGUAUCCCAUCGUUUUGAUUUCACCUCUUUACCUUUCAAUUGCGAAAUUUAACGGUUCCAAAUUAGCUUUUAUUUCGUUGGUUUCGUUUUUGAUAUGCCUUGCUACAUUCUUUGGGGUUUGUAAUAUUAUUAAUGAUGGAUGGGAGUUUAUUGAUAAAUCUUAUGGGUUUAUUUUGGGCGUAACCGAUCAACAACCGAAUAUUGGGGUUUAUUGGUACUUUUUUAUGGAAAUGUUUGAGCAUUUCCGGCAAUUAUUUUUGUAUUCGUACCAAAUUAAUGUUUCUUUAUUGUAUUGCGUACCAUUGACUAUCAAAUUUCGUAAGGACCCGGUUCUUUUGGCGUUUACCUUCAUCACAUUGACUGCCAUAUUCAAGUCUUAUCCAGGAAUCGGCGAUUUUGCUUUUACUUUGGCUGUUUUGCCAUGUUGGAAAUAUAUGUAUAAUUGUAUGCAACAAAUUUUUGUAAGCGGUGUUGCGAUAUUUAUAACUACAGCUUUAGGGCCGAUUCUGUGGGAUUUAUGGAUUUUUAUGGGAACAGCGAAUGCUAAUUUUUAUUUUGGUACCACUCUAGCUUUUGUAACAGCAUUUAUUUUUAUACUAACUGAUGUGGCAUUUGCUUAUAGCAAAAAAGAGUAUUUAUUGAGGUUUGGUAGCAUUAGAAAAAUUAAUGGCAAAAAUGCUAAACUAGUAUUAGAAUAAAUAAUGAACGUUUUAAAUAUAUCCCUAUAUUUAGUUAGAUUUUUUUGUUAGUUGAUUAUAAACGACGCUAUUUUGAGAAUAAACAAUUAUUUAUUACGUU